GCGAGCGAUGGCUCCGUGGCCGCGAGUUUGUUUGCUGCUGCUACUCCUCGGAUGCUGGGAUGCCCUUGCGGCACGUGGCGUCAAGCACCAGCUCAAACAAGGUCAAUAUGGGAUGAGCAAGAGCCUAAAGAACGGCGGGCUGUUCCCGCCGCUGUUCAACGUGGCGGCGAAAGCCGAGAUCCACGUGAACGCGACGUGCGGCGAGGAUGGCCCGGAGACCUUUUGCAAGCCGGCGGAGUCGUUGCGCUGCGCGGUCUGCGAUUCGCGCAGUCCUGAUCCGAACAAGCGGCACAACAUCAAUCAAGCCCUCGACUCCAAUCCCAGCAAGUGGUGGCAGAGUCCGACCCUCGCACGCGGCGACCAGUACGAAUACGUCACCAUCACCCUCGAUCUCAAGCAGAUGUACCAAAUAGAAUACGUUAUCGUGAAAGCUGCAAAUUCGCCAAGACCAGCCGCAUGGAUUUUGGAAAGGUCGAUCGAGGGUAACAAUUACCAGGUUUGGCAGUAUUACGCGUCAAGUGAUGAAGAAUGCUGGACACGCUAUUCGAUGCCACCGACACUUGGAAAGCCUUCUUACCAGCAAGACGAUGAAGUUAUUUGCACCAGCUUCUAUUCAAGACAAACGCCUAUGGAAAACGGAGAGAUUCACACUCAGCUCGUAAAUGGUCGUCCAGGUGCACUGAAUCACACGCAGGCGAUCCAAGAUUUCACCCAAGCUCGCUACGUCAGGCUGCGCUUUCAAAGUCUGCGGCGGAGAGGCGAGACCAUCGUGGACAAACGAAGGGCGUUCUAUUCGAUGCGAGAGAUUAACAUUGGCGGAAGGUGCGUCUGCUCCGGGCAUGCUUCUCGAUGCAAAUUCAACCCGUCACGGCGGCGUCAAGAAUGUGAAUGCGAACGACACACGUGUGGAGAAUCGUGUGAUAAAUGCUGUCCAAUGUACAAUCAGGUGCCAUGGAAGCCCGGUACCUCGGGCAAAGGUUCCCAUUGCGAAAAGUGUAAUUGCAAUGGACACGCGACGUCUUGUCGAUACGACCACCAAGUCGCAGAGAUGAAACAGUCGAUGGAUAUCCGAGGAAAGUACAGAGGUGGCGGUGUAUGCCUUAACUGCUUGGAUCAUACAACGGGGAUAAAUUGUGAAAAAUGCGAAGCUGGUUAUUAUCGACCGAAUGGAGUUUUACCUAUUGACCCUGAACCCUGUAUACCGUGCGAUUGCCACGUUCGAGGAAGCACUGGACUCUGCAUGCCGGAUGACUCAUACAACAGCUUGGGAAAAGUGGCAGGCUCCUGUGAAUGCAAGCCCGGCUACUCGGGUUACAGGUGCGAUCAGUGUGCGGCCGGCUACAGGCAGUUUCCCGACUGCGUACCCUGUCCGUGCGACGCUCGUGGCAUUUUACCGUCGCACGACUGCGAGGGCGAGUGCUUGUGCAAAGCACACGUCGAGGGUGAGUUCUGCGACCGCUGCAAGUCCGGCUACUUCUCGCUCUCGCGAGACAACCUCGACGGAUGCCUCUCUUGCUAUUGUUCCGGACUUUCCAGCAUCUGUACGAAUGCUAAGCUCAAGUACAGUAUGGUCUCAACGUUAGAGGGGUGGCAAGUGAGUGACAUAAACGCGUCACGAGCGGUGUCGCCGAGUUUGCAAGGGGAAAGCGGCUGGCCCACGAUAGCUGCUUUCGAAGUAGAAUAUCGAAGCCCUUACUGGCUCUCACCCAAAAUUUAUACCGGAAAUCAUCUCUCUUCCUACGGAAGCAAUCUCACUUUCCUAGUCAGUUGGAUAAUUAUGCGAGGCGACACCAGCGGCGCCCCGACUUCCGAGCCAGAUGUCGUUCUGAUUGGUAAAAAUGGCGUGCGCAUUGCUUACGGCGAGGAGAUCCACGAGGGCCAAGAGGCCGAGGUGACGGUGAUGCUGCAAGAGCAGGGCUGGUUCCACGUACAAAAUUCGAGACGAAAUUGUCGACGGCGUAACACGAUUCCGCAGGACGGAUUACCGAGGUGACCCGGUCACGCGCCAUCAGAUGCUCGAAAUUCUAGCCGAUCUCGAUUGCGUGUUGAUCAGGGCACAGUAUCAUACCGAUCAGAUCGAGGGGAGUUUAAAGUCCGUAAUUUUGCCAGUCGGUGAAAUAUCUCUGGAGUACGGCAAAAAAAGCAUUGUCGAAACGUGCUCGUGUCCCCUCGGAUAUACAGGGCUGUCGUGCGAAUCAUGUGACUGGGGAUAUGUCAAAGUUCCAAUAAAUUCAUCAGAUCACCGCAUCCGCCACAAGUGCGUUAAAUGCGAUUGCAACGGUCAUGCAGCUUCGUGCAACCUCAUCAUGGGUGAAUGCAACAAUUGCGAGCAUUCCACGGUUGGACCAAAUGUGAUCGUUGUGCAGUCGGUUAUUACGGUGAUGCUACAAGAGGAUCACCUGAUGACUGUUUAAAAUGUGCUUGUCCAUUAGAAAUUUCAACAAAUAACUUUAGUCCAAGUUGUCAAAUAGAUGAUCUCAAUCAUUCAGCCAACGGUUACGUCUGCACGCAGUGCCCUGAUGGAUACACUGGUGAUCACUGUGAAGCAUGCGACAUUGGCUUUUUCGGUAAUCCUCUUAUACCAGGGAAAAAAUGCGAACCGUGCCCGUGUUACGGCGGCCCCUGUGAUCAAGAAACCGGCCAAUGUCUUGAGUGUCGCGGAAAUACGG